UUGAAGGGAAAUUUCUAGAGUCAAGCAAGAGUCUUUUGUGUUCAAGUUGGGUGUUAUAAUUGUUGGGUUCUUUGAGAAAUUAAGCGGGUGAGGAGAUACAGAAGCUAGAGAGAGAAAAAUGAUACUGGUGGCGGGUCUGGCUGAGCUGAUGGAGGAGUAUACGUUUUUGUUGGCAAGGGUUUUGGAGCAUUUGUUCCAUUCUGCUCCUUUUCCGAGGCGGGUUCGGUUUCUCAUCCUCCGAAGUCUUCCCUUUGUUUCUUCCUACCCUCUUCCUCCUCCUCCUCCUCUGAUAGGAGCCCCUGCUGCUGCUUAAUGUUUCAAGGAUAGGGCUUUUUGUGUUUAGCAUGUAAGGGUUCAUUGGUUAAUUUUUUUUUUCUCUGUUUUUUUAAAGAAUUCUGAUGCGGUGAAUGUUCUGUACAAAUUUGGAAUUUUUCUUCUCCUCCCUUAACAAAGUUGGUUGCUUUUGAUUAAUUUGAUGGAUGUUAUGGCCA